GGAGGGCAAGCGUAACACUCUCACGCAACAACUUCGGUCUCAGGCUUCAGCUCACCAUACAUACUCAAAUCGAUCACGAACGCCAUCCCUUGAAAAGCUUGCCUCUAAACAGAUCGACAUGUCUUUUCUCAAUCGAGUUGGCAUCGGUUCUACCAAGUCAUCUAGCUCCAAUAAGCCCAAUCAACCUGGGACCACCGCUUCACCAGCCUCUUCUACAAUGUUUCUAUGUUCUUUUCUGGAAGGUGCGAGUUUAUCGCCGUCGGUGAUUGCUCAGGCUCAACUUGAAGUUCAAAUCAGUUUUGGUUUGUUUUGUAAAUAUGUAGCUGGAUGAAAAGGUUUUUCUGUUUAACG